AUGUUGAUUAAAGUUCGCACCCUUACCGGCAAGGAGAUUGAGCUGGAUAUCGAGCCUGAUUACAAGGUGUCCCGGAUAAAGGAGCGUGUCGAGGAGAAGGAGGGUAUCCCACCUGUUCAGCAACGAUUGAUCUUUGGUGGAAAACAAAUGGCCGAUGAUAAAACCGCAUCGGAAUACAACCUCGAAGGAGGUGCGACGCUACACCUCGUUCUCGCGCUCCGUGGUGGAUCUCUGACCUUGUAA